AUGGAUCCGAUCUUAGAUGGGUUGAACCAUGCCCAGCGAGAAGCUGUCACUUCAUCCGGUUCAAUCCUGCAAGUGCUCGCUCCACCGGGCUCGGGCAAGACAAAAACAUUGACCGCACGCGUCGCGUACCUCCUCUCACACCACGGAUACCAACCGCAAGAUGUUAUCUGCUGCACAUUCACUAUUAAAGCCAGCCGUGAGAUGCGGGAGCGGCUCGCAAAACUCAUCGGAGAAAAACUCGAAUCACGCUUGAUUCUCGGCACUUUCCAUUCUAUCUGUCGCCGCUACUUGGUCAAGUACGGAUACCUGAUCGGCCUGCGGAAGGGGUUUGGCAUUGCGGAUUCGGAUGAUACCCGCGCAAUUAUCAGAAGAACCAUUAAACGACUGAAGUCUAGCAUUGAAGUCAAGGCGGCGCAAGGCCGAAUUUCUCGACAUAAAGCACAUGGACUCAGUCCUGAUGCCCUGGCUGACAGAGCCAAAGCAGAAGAGUUGGAGCUUGUUGAUAUCUAUCGUGACUACGAAUCAGCACUGGCGGCCUCCAAUCUCUUGGAUUAUGAUGACCUCCUGCUGCGAUGUGGAGAUCUGCUCCGAGACCACCCACAGUGUGUCUCGAAUGUGCAGGCAGUCUUGGUGGACGAAUUCCAGGACACCAAUAUCAUACAAUAUGAACUGAUGAACCUCUUUGCAUCUAAAAACCGACGGAUCACCAUCGUCGGAGAUCCAGAUCAAAGUAUCUACGGGUUUCGUUCUGCGGAGAUCCAGAAUCUCAAGCGGAUGCAGCAGCGAUAUUCAAACACGACGGUUGUACUCUUGGAAGACAAUUACCGCUCUGCGGGUUCUAUCUUGAAUGCAGCCCAAGAAGUCAUUGAGCAGGAUACAAGUCGGCCUGCAAAAGCACUCCUGGCUACGCACUCUUUCGGAACCUUGCCCGUGCUGAGAAGGCUCCCAACUCCCAACGCAGAGGCGCAGUGGAUGGUGCUUGAGAUCAAGCGAUGUGCAGCGAUGACCGGCGGUCUAUUGCGCAUGUCUGACUUUGUUGUUUUGCUUCGGUCCGCUUCGCUGUCUACACAAAUCGAGACGGCCUUUGGAAGAGCCGGUAUACCAUACAAGAUGGUUGGAGGACGAAAAUUCUUUGACCGAACUGAAGUCAAGAUUCUUCUCAACUAUAUGAGGGUUGUGAGCCACACAGGACAUUCGGACGCGUUGAUGAAUAUUGUGAAUGUUCCGCCACGAAGGAUUGGCGAUGAGACAAUCAAGCAAUUGACUAGUGGUGCGGAGAAAGCCAAAAUUUCACUGUGGGACUUCAUCAAGGAUGUCAUCCAAGGGCGCCGUUCGACUGAGAAGAAACUGCAAAAGGCCGCAGAGCAGGGACUUUGCGUUUUGGUCAAGUUGAUUGAAGCCUCUAGACAGAAGUUGCAAGAGUGUGAGGAUUCAUCGGCUCCCCGUGUUCUAAUUGAGUUCAUUGCCGAGCGUCUCUCGUUCCAGGAGUAUCUCAUCAGAACAUAUCCCCUUGACGAAGACAGCCGCUGGGCGAAUGUUAAGGAAUUGAUGCAUCAAGCCAGUGAAGUCGCGGCGUUUGAAGAGGAAGAGGUUGAUAAAGAAAUGGAUCUCCCUAAAAUCGAAGGUGUGCAGCAACAGGAGGCACAUUCUGGCGAGGAGGCUCUCACUCGAUUCCUGGCAAAUGUCGCCUUGGCUACUGAGAUCACAACGAAAGAAGAAAACAAGGAGGGAGAUCAACCGCCGGAGAAAGUCACUAUUUCAACCAUACACGCUGCCAAGGGCCUGGAGUGGCCAGUCGUGUUUGUUCCCGCAGUGUACAAUGGGAGCAUUCCUCACUCGCGUGCGGAGGUGGUAGAGGAAGAGAGACGAUUGCUGUAUGUCGCAAUGACAAGAGCACAGGCCCUGUUAUACCUGAGUGUUCCUAUUCGACAACCCCGGUUAGGGGAAGGAGAAGAUGGCGCAACCACUUUAACGCCAUUCCUUCCUCCCAAGUUGAUAAAAACGCGCUUUCGGCCAACGGGACCGUCUCUUCAUGAGAAGGUGGUGUAUGCAAUUUCCGAUAUUCUGCGUCGCGCUCGGCCAUCUUUAGAGGACAUCUACAAGGGGCUCGAGUUUCUUCCAUCGACGCUGGACGAUCGAUGGACACCCGAGGGCGAGGAAGACCGCAGCAAAUUCGAUAGCACAUCUACCUCUCAUGACGCGUCUGGCGAGCCCAAUCCAAAGCGACGGCGGUCAGGCAUGAACCAGGGGCCAAAAUCGACCACCUAUAUGUCAUCGACUGGGUAUACCAUGAAUAACUCGACAGGGUUUACAAUUCCUACAACCGUUUCAUCGGGUUUUACGUCUGCCCGGGAUUACAUAGCGGCCAACCCCGAACCCUCUGCGGAGUCAGCCUCAAAUCCUCCGACAGAUACAGACGCAGAUGCAGCUGUGGCAAACAAACCGAAACCGCUCAGCAGCGUAAGCCGUAAAGACGGACUCACACAAGCAAGCAUAUCCAACUUUUUUGCAGGCCCAGGAUCCUCCCAGAAGAGGGAACCAGUUCUGCCUAGCUAUCCACAGCCGCCACCAUCCCGCAGAUACGAAGGGGCACCGUCGCAAAACCAACGCUCAGGGGCAAGCAUCGUCCCAGCCACUCUGUCCUCCCACCGUGUACAGCCACGGCCGCUCAUUCCAACACGGCCGACCCUGGAGCCUACGAACCCAAAUGGCUACACGUGGUUGGCAGCCCCAUCGAAAUCAACAGGCCUGAAACCCGCGAGGAUGUCGAUGACGCAGGAACAGAGCGGCAAGAAUAUAUCCGCAGGCGGAACAGCCGGGGCAGACGAGGUGAAACCCGAGAGCUCCACCCGCGGGUUCCAGCCGGUAUCGACGUUCCACAGCACCACGAUGUCAAUGGUUAAACAAGCACCGCGACGGACGUUGGGAAUUCGGCGGAGCAUGAAUGGGUGGCAAGACCGUAUGAAGCGAGAGGGCGGUGGACAGGAGAGCUGA